AUGGACGAGCUGCUGCGGCGCGCCGUGCCCGUGAUGCCGGUCUACGAGCUGCGGGAGAAGACGCCGGCGCCCGCCGAGGGCCAGUGCGCGGACUUCGUGAGCUUCUACGGCGGCCUGGCCGAGGUGGCCGAGCGCGCCGAGCUGCUGGGCCGCCUGGCGCAGGACUUCGGCGUGGACCACGGCCAGGUGGCCGAGCAGAGCGCCGGCGUGCUCCAGCUGCGCGAGCAGCCGCGGGAGGCGGCCGUGCUGCUGCAGGCCGAGGACCGGCUGCGCUACGCCCUGGUGCCGCGCUACCGCGGCCUCUUCCACCACAUCAGCAAGCUGGACGGCGGCGUGCGCUUCCUGGUGCAGCUGCGGGCCGACCUGAUCCAGGCGCAGGCCCUCAAGCUGGUGGAGGGGCCGCACGUCCGGGAAAUGAACGGUGUGCUGAAAGGCAUGCUCACCGAGUGGUUUUCUUCGGGAUUCCUAAACCUGGAACGGGUGACCUGGCAUUCGCCGUGUGAAGUGCUUCAGAAAAUCAGUGAGUCUGAGGCUGUGCACCCUGUAAAAAAUUGGAUGGAUAUAAAACAGCGGGUCGGACCGUACAGAAGAUGCUACUUCUUUUCUCACUGCUCCACCCCCGAGGAGCCACUGGUGGUCCUGCACGUGGCGCUGACCAGUGACAUCUCCACCAAUAUUCAGUCAAUAGUGAAGGAGUGUCCUCCGACAGAAACAGAGGAGAAGAACAAAGUCGCCGCCGCCAUAUUUUAUUCCAUCAGUCUGACCCAGCAAGGCCUGCAGGGGGUAGAGCUGGGGACCUUCCUCAUAAAGCGCGUGGUGAAGGAGCUGCAGAAAGAGUUUCCUCACCUUGGGACGUUUUCAAGUCUGUCUCCUAUACCUGGCUUCACCAAAUGGCUCCUGGGACUUCUGAACUCACAAGCAAAGGAUCAUGGGAGGAAUGAAUUAUUUACAGAUUCUGAGUGUAAAGAAAUCUCUGAGAUCACAGGGAGUCCCCUUAAUGAGACCCUCAAGGCCCUCCUCAGCAGUAACGAAUGGGUGACGUCUGAAAAGCUGGUCGAGGCACUGCAGGGCCCCCUGAUGAGGCUCUGCGCCUGGUACCUGUACGGAGAGAAGCACCGGGGCUACGCCCUGAACCCCGUGGCAAACUUCCACCUGCAGAACGGGGCUGUGAUGUGGCGCAUCAACUGGAUGGCAGACCACAGCUCCAAGGGCAUCACUGGCUCGUGUGGCAUGAUGGUCAACUACCGGUACUUCCUGGAGGAGACGGCCACCAACAGCAUCAGCUACCUUGGCUCAAAGAACAUCAAGGCUUCCGAGCAGGUCCUCAGCCUGGUGGCCCAGUUCCAGAAGAACAGCAAACUUUAA